AUGUCAUGAUUAAAAUACAACUAACAAUUCUUUAUUGAUUCUACCAAUACGACUAAUCAGGAUUUUGUUAUUAUAUCUUGUAAGCUGUCGUGUUUGCGUCACACAAGCUUUAUAUUAUACAGAAAAAGAAUGCAAAGAAAGAAGUAACUGACCAGAAGCUAGGGUUGGCUGGUACUGGCGGCGGCAGAAAGCUGCCAGAAAUGACGAAGACGUCGGCGGCAGUGUCGGAGCUAUUCGCGGGCUCCGCCAGUUUUCACGGUGUUAGCGAUGACGCUGACACUGCUAUAUUUGGAGAUUUAUCAUCCCAGGCUGCCUACGAUGCGCUUGCGGACUUGGUCCCACUUAUUGAAGCGGCAAAAGUUGGAUCCUCCUUGUUCCUGGACUGUCAGGGCAGCAAUGGCCACGCAACGGAGACGCCGCAGGUCACAGACGAACCAGCGAUCGUCCCCGUUGAUGCAACAGUUCCAGUGACUGAUGUGAAGUUCGUUGCCACUAAAGUUAGUGAACCGACAAAGAGUACGUAG